GUCCUAGCAUGAUAGAGUUGAUGUACUUCGUAAAUUGUCUUAGCAUGAUAGAGCUGUUGUUGUGCUUCUUCUUAAAUGUUGUCGAAGUAAUCACGGAGGUGUCAGUUGCAUCCGAGAUGAGCUAUUUUCUUUUUCAAGAGAGCAUUGAGGCUUGAGAGUUUCCAACCUACUUGUUUGAUCUGCCCAUGCUUGCUCAAGUCUCUAAGUCUCUACCCACGUCGUUCUGGC